AUGGCUGAAGAAAAACCCGAAGACAGUCGAGUCGCCAAUUUCCUCUCACGGAACGCAACAUUCGCCGAAACCUACAAACCUGCUCCCCUUUUCGCCAAGCUCCUUGCCAACCCCCCAGUCCACCCUCGCAUCACCAUCAUCUCAUGCUUCGAUGGGCGUGUCGAUCCACGUAAAUUCUUUGGCUUGCAGCCUGGAGACGCCGUUCUCAUCAGCAACGCCGGUGGCCGCGUGAAUGCGGAUGCUUUGCGAAGCAUCAUCAUUCUGGAUGACCUUCUAGUCGUGGGGACUGUGAUUGUGGUGCAUCAUACUGAUUGUGGCUUGGUCCAUACUAGUGAUGAGUCAAUUAGAGCGAGGUUGAAGGGGAGGGCGCCGGAGAAGGCACAAGAGAUUGAAGGCAUGGAAUUCGAGUUAUUCAAAGACGUGCAUGAGAGUGUGAGGCAUGAUAUGGGCAUUGUUAAAGCCUCUCCGUUUCUAGAUGUUCAAGUCUUUGGGUACAUCUACGACGUCACGCAUGGUACCGUUGAGGAGCGUCUUUCUAAAGACUUUCAUGAUCAACUGGGGAUUGAUACGAUAUGCGCUUGGGGCUCGAUGGAACCUAAUGUCAAGGUUGCUCUUCGACGUCAGCUGAAAGAGCUAUGUUUUCAAAAAGGGCUUUUCACCGGAAGGGAUGUGGAGCCCGCCCUCGAAUGGCGAUUGUAUCAGCUUCAAAGGAAUAGGCGAGCGGAAGCGCGGAAGGUAAAACCGACAACCGAGUCUGUCAGCGAGUCUUCGCCCACCGCAAACACACAGGACUCCACUACCAAAGUGAGUUAUUAUGAUCCCGUAAGGGAUACAUAG